AUGUAUGCAGGUCUCAGGUCGUCUAUGCUAAUUACGAAGCCGACGACGGUUAGGUUACUACUACUAUGCCGAAGCAGUGUGACUUCGCGUAGGUAUCUCUUCACGCAGACAUCGGCGCGUUCUCCAAGUCCCUCGAAGCCAACGGCACCACAAAUAGACUCCUCUCAACCAAGACCUUCGCUAAUCUCUCGCUUUCUCCCCCCUACGCUUGCGGAAACUCGACAAAAUUCUUCGUCUUUCCGUAAAAUUGUCGCCCUCGCGAAGCCGGAGCGGAAACCACUUGGAAUUUCCAUGGGUCUCCUCCUGGUUUCGUCAUCUAUCUCCAUGAGUGUACCCUUCACUAUUGGCAAGCUCAUCGACUUCUUUACAUCAUCACAGCCGCAAAUACCCCUGGGUCUUAGUCUUGGACAAGCAUCUGUUUUGAUGCUCCUGAUGUUUACGACUGGUGCUGUAGCUAAUGCAGGACGCGCUAUGCUUAUGCGGAUAUCAGGACAACGAAUUGUUGCGCGUCUUCGAGAACGUAUGUACUCGGCUUCCCUGCAGCAAGAGGUUGAAUAUGUCGAGCGCGGUGAGGGGGAUGUGAUUAGUCGUCUUAGUGUGGACUCGAGUAUCGUGGGUGAAAGCUUAACGCAGAACCUCUCGGAUGGUUUACGUUCGGUCAUUAUGUCUUCGGUUGGCUUGGGCGCGAUGUUUUACAUCUCACCUCAGCUGACGCUCCUCAUGUUGAGUAUUGUUCCACCAGUCUCGCUUGGUGUUGUCUUCUAUGGCAGAUAUUUGAAGAAACUCUCUAAUCAGACUCAGGAAGCCCUUGGUGAAAUGACCAAGGUCGCUCAGGAGUCACUUUCUGCGUUGCGCACGGUCCAAGCCUUCAAUGCAGUCCCGCAUGAACAUGAGAAAUUUCAUCAACGGGUUAGCACUGUUCUCUCCCUCGCCCGCAAAGAAGCAAUUGCCAGUGGUAUUUUCUUCGGAAGCACCGGAUGGAGCGGAAAUAUGACGAUUCUCGGCUUGCUUGGGUAUGGUGGAACACUCGUUAGCCAAGGAGUUAUCUCAGUUGGCGAGCUGACAAGCCUACUCUUAUACACGGUAUAUGUUGGGAGCGGCCUGCAGAUGCUAACGUCAUUCUUUACAUCCAUCAUGCGAGGCGUCGGUGCCGGAGUGCGUAUAUUCGAGCUGUUAGAUCGCUCACCAGCCAUUCGGCCCGAUACGGGUCUGGACAUCACCCCGUCGCGCAUUGGGCCUGUGCGUUUCGAGGAUGUCUGUUUCGAGUAUCCCAGCCGACCCGGCGUAAAAGUGUUGAAACAUCUGAAUUUAGAAGUUAAUGUGGGAGAAAGUGUUGCAAUAGUAGGGAUGAGCGGCAGUGGCAAGUCCUCCAUAAAUGCCCUGCUCAUGAGAUACUAUGAUCCGGUCCAUGGGAAGGUGACCUUUGACGGACAAGACAUUCGUGAAUUCAAGCCCACCUCAUGGCGAGGUAUUAUCGGGGUUGUUCCUCAGGAUCCUGUAUUGUUCACGGGAACAAUUGCCUCGAAUAUUGCCUAUGGAAACGAGCAUGUCACUAGGGAGCAGAUCGAGGCAGCGGCACGAGAAGCUAAUUGUGAAUUUGUGUGGGGCAUGCCACAGGGGUUCGACACGCCCAUUGGUCGUCUGAGCCUCAGCGGUGGACAAAGACAGCGCCUUGCGAUCGCUAGGGCACUGCUCAAGAAGCCAGCAAUCCUCGCACUUGAUGAAGCCACUAGCUCCUUGGAUGCAACAUCAGAACAUCGAGUUAAUGAUGCAAUCGACAAGAUACUGAGAUCACGACAAACAACGUGUCUGAUUGUUGCGCACCGUCUGUCGACUAUUGCUCGCGCGGAGAAGAUUGUUGUUCUUGAGGACGGACAUGUGACAGAGAUGGGGACAUAUCGACAAUUGGUGAACGAGGAAGGCUCUAGAUUCCGAGCCCUUAUGGCCGCGCAGCUGAAUGCCGCCGCUGGCGAGUCGCUGACCGCGGAGCCAAAAUUGGAAGUCCUUCAGCAUACUCCGGAAUUCCGACACGAUGCGCAAGUUCCAGCCGAGCAGUCCCAACCAUAG